AAGCCAGCUUAUUCAGAUCCUUGUCGUUCAGCAAUGUUAAGUGGUUCUGAGGGAACUCUUGCACAACUCCUCUCCAUUUCUAAGGAAGAAAAUAAGACAUUACGUCUUGACUGCACUGAACUUCGAUGUAAGCUUCAUGAUGCACAGGCAGACAUUAAGGUUUUGCGAGAAGAGAUGCAACGCUUACGAGGAACAGCUGAAGGAAGACGACGAAGCCUUGCUGUCACUGCAAAUAGCCAGCUUGCUCAUCAGGAGCGGGAGCAAUUCAUAUCUCAGAUGGAAUCUCUAAGCUCAAAGUGUCAAGCUCUUGAGGGUGAUGUACGUGGCCUGGUAGAAGAAAGGGAAGAAUUGGUAAGAGAACUAGAUGCUUCAAGCCAUAAAAUACAUCGCCUCAAUUACAUUCUCAAUACUCUUCUUUCAAAUACCUCAACAAAUGAUAUACAAGGAAAAAGGAUUGUUGAUCUUGACUCCAUCAUCACUGAAAACAGGUAUUUGCAGGAAAGAUUGAAGCAAACAGAGGAAGAAAAGAAUCUUAUCAGGAGUAAUGCUUCAAAAUACAAGAAUGCACUUGAAAAGUGCAGAACUCAAGGCACAAUCAAGUUAGGCACUCCUGAGAACCUUAUUGUAACACCUAAACAAGUUGGAGAGCUUCUCCGUGAUUACCGAGGUGAAGUAGGUGGAGCAGCAGAAACCGAUUUGAAAUCCCUGUGUGUUGCCCUUGUAGAUGCACUCAAUCAGCGUUCCCGGGCAUUACGUACACAGCGUUCAGCAAACAAGGUUUUGGCAAGUCGAGUCUCUGAGCUGGAAAGAAGACUCUCAGAUUUUGGAAGUUUGGACAACACGAAAUCUGAUGGUUUAAAUAAAGGAAAUGAUAGUUCAGAACCCCAAAUAUCUUCACUUACCCUUAUGGAAGGGUAUAUUCCUCCAUCUGGACCAUUACCAAAGUACUCAGAAGAAAUGCUCAUGAAAGAUCCACGUUUACAUCAUUUGUUAAAUAAUGGUGUUGGAAUGGAUGAGAUGGCUUUGAAAAAUGAUGUUAUUGAAGAGGAAAAAGGUACAAACACUGCAGUAAAAGGUACAAACACUGUAGAAAAUAUGGAAAAAACUGAGCAGAGUCAUCACAAAAACUGUUCUGGUAAAAGUGACCUUCAGAAUACUAUGCCAAAAACUUGUAGUGCUGCUUCUAUUCAGGGAAAUAAAUCUCAAGGGAAAUUACAAGAGACUGCAGAAAAUAAAAGAGCUAAUGGUGUCCCAGUGUUUGAAGAUACAUCCUGCAAACCACCUGUGCAAAAACACACUACAGUGGCAAAUCAAGCUGUAGAUGAAUGUGAAAAAAAUGGCACAGAAACCAUGUCACUAGCUACCAAUGGGAAACCAUCAGAUGGUGUGAAAAAAGGUUCUGUUAAAAACAGAGUUGAUUUAAGUAAUACAAAUUCUCAGAUCAUGCAGACAAAAGUAGAGCAAAGUAAAAAAUCAUCUACCAAAGAAGUUACUAAAUUCAAUGCAAAACUGGAAAAGGUUUCCACUUACGUGAAUCCAGAAGAUGAGCUUGAGGAAAUAGUUCCAAUUGAUAAGUUAGAUUUUUACAUAAAGGAAGUACAGAUGAAGAGAAAGAGUAUGGUGAAAACAUCUGAAGAUGACGAUAAGAGUGAAAAAAGGAAACAAAAAAUUGACAAGGCUCCAGAAAUGCAUAACAAAGGAGGAGAAACAGAAAAGCCACUGCCAAAAGAGAAGACUCCCAUUGAGGAAGUAUCUGAGGAUCAGUCAAGUACCUUGCCAGAUAUUCCAGAUAGUAAUGAUGACAACGAUGAAAGUAGUUUUGAUCUUGAUAUAAGUGACUAUGAUAGUGAUAAUGACAACUUAGACUUGGCCCUCCAAGAUUGGCAAAAUGAUUUUGACAAAUACUGCCCAGGGAAGAAAGAUAAGACAAAGAAAAAAUCAAAAGAGCCAUCAAAGAAACCAAGUGGGAAAGAAAAGUUUCACUUCUGGAGUAAAGAUAAAUCUCAAGAACCCAAACUAUCACCUGCCUUACAAGAGUUUUUCAAUAAAGCUACAGCAGAAGUAGAAGGUGAAGGAAUGUAGCUAACUUGGAGCUGCUCAGUAUCCAUACAAUUUAAAAAACCUCAUGUUUUCCUUUUAAAUUAUUAUAUAAGUAAGUACGAACUUUGUAUUUGUGGAGCAUAAAGAUUAUUUUAAAAUUAAUAUAUUUUGCAGUAAUAUUUUAGUAGGAGUUGGUCUAGUGAUUUGUAUAUAUGCACUGAAAACUACUUAAUAAUUACAUAGCUGUACAUAUUCAACAAGUUUUCAGAGAUUUCCCUCUUCAUGAAUUGCCUUAUCUCCAUACAGUAUUCAUUAUUUAGAAGCUUGAUUAAGUUUGAUUAGAAAAUAAAUGGUUAUACAAUGGAAAA